AUGGCGAAGCUGGAGCGCACCCUGCCGCCGCUGCCCUCGACGGAGCGCGGCUCCUUCACGGCGGUCGCCUGCGACGCCCCCGGCGAGCGCCUGCUGUACUGCAACGGGUCCAACGUGCUGUGGAGGUCGCUGGGGCCCCUGGCGGCCGGCUCGGAGAAGCCCGAGGACGUGUUCUGCUGGAAGGGCCACGCGCGCAAGACCACGGUGGCCGCGAUGUCGCCCAACUGCCAGUGGGUCGUGUCUGGCGACGUCGGCGGUGCCAUUCGGGUCUGGGGUGCCAAGGGUGACAACGUGCAGAAGAACGAGUACAAGCUGUGGGAUGGAGCUGUGAAGGACGUAUCCUGGUCGGGUGAUUCCACCAGGCUUGUGGCAGCAGGCGAUGGCAAGGAGACCCGAGCGUGCGCAAUUAUUUGGGACACUGGCAGCAAGACGGGCGUGGUGGACGGCCACACGAAACAAGUCAACUCGAUCUCUUUCAGAUCCCAGCGACCGUUCCGCGUUGCAACGGGCUCGGAGGAUUUCCUGGUCGCCACGCACGCGGGGCCACCGUUCAAGUUUGAGAAGUCCCACCAAAAUCAUUCCAAUUUCGUCAACUGCGUCCGAUACUCGCCUGACGGGGAGUGGCUCGUCUCAGCCGGCUCGGACUCGAAGCUGUGCCUCUUCACAGGCAAGGAGGGCGAUCUAGUGAAGGAGUUCGAGAAGCCUGCUGGCAUAACGGGGAGCCUCUGGGCUGUCGCCUGGUCUCCCGACUCGAAGCGCCUGGCCACGGCUGGAGGCGACAAGAAGGUCCGUGUAUGGGACCGCGAGUCCGCGAGCCAGGUGUGCGAGAAGCAGGUGGGCGCAGGGGCCAUCGGGGACAUGCAAGUUGGCGUCGCCUUCGCCACUGCUUCACGAGUCAUCACCGCAUGUCUUGACGGGCGCGUGCUGCUGUGGGACGUUGCAGAGGACGGCUCGCUCGCACUGGCCACAACCGUGGACGGCACGCAGGGCCCCCUGGAGUGCAUCACCGCGGAUGCAAAGACGGGCACCCUGGCCUACGGAGGCAGCGACGGCGUGGUGGGAAUAGCCCCGGCGUCAGCGCCGCCCUUCCGCUUUGGGGUGGGGAAGGGCGUGAAGCACGUCGUGGGGCACUCCGAGGGCUUCGGCGGCUCCCCGGAGGCCGCGGUCCUGGGGCUGGACAACUGCGUGCGCCGCGUGUCGCUAGAGACGGGCGAGGCGCUGGGCGGUGCCGUCGACUUGAAGGAGCUCGCCGUGGGCGCGGGCUGGCUGGACGGGGCGGAGACUCGCCUGGUCGUGGCCACCUCCAAGCAGGCGUUCCACUGCGUCUCCGGCGACGCCCUGGAGUGGAGCAGGGCCUCGGCCGUCCAGCGCGCCCCGACGGCGGUGGCCACCUGCCCGGGGCGCUUCCUCGCGGUGGCGCUCGAGAGGCCGGACGGGAUCGUGGGCGGUGUGGCGAGCUCGCAGUUCCAGAUCCUGCUCUACAGCGUGUCGGACGCUGGCUCCCCCGACGGGCUCGUGCAGAAGGCAACCUUGGAGGGCCACCUCGGCGAGGUGUCCGUGAUCAGGUUCGUCCCCUCGGGAGACAAGAUGGCCUCGGGCGACGCGUCCAACAAGGUGGUCGUCUGGACCAUGAGCGAUGGUGGUGCGGAGAAGAUCAUCGACUGGUCCCUGCACACUGCCAGGGUGACGUGUCUCGCCUGGCUUGGCGGGUCUCAGCUUGUGAGCGGCUCCCUCGACCGUCACAUCUACGUCUGGGACCUGGAGACAAAAAAGAACAAGGCCAAGGUGAUGCGUCGCACAAGGGCGGCGUUGGCGCCCUCACAGCCUGCGGCGCCGACAAGUUCGCAUCCGCGGGGCUCGACGGGUUCGUCCACGUCUACACCAUGGCGUGACGCCGCCCUGUCGCCUCUUCGCCGGGAGCCGCGAGCCACCUUCGGAUACCCAGUGCAGUCGAAGGGGGGCGCCUGGGGUUCGCCCCCCUCCAUCCUCCCCUCUCGGUCCCCUCCUUCUUCUGCCUCCUCCCCCCCUCUGUGCCCUCCUCCUCGCCUCCUCUUCGCCAUGCAUCGACCUGCUGACAGCCUAGUGGUUAGCACCGAGGGCUCGCCUUAG